GUCAAGGGGGACGUAUAUGACUAAUUCUAGGUUAUCUACUCUACUUUUUUGGUGAUAAUGAGAAGUCUUACAACAAUACACAGUUAAUUUUGUUAUACACAGUUUGUCUUAAAAUGUUUACAAUUCGUAUUUAACAGCAACAUGCCUCCUGCCGUUGAAAAUCACUAUUGUGACAUUUUAACGGACGAAGAAAAUGUGCAAAUAUUUAAAUUGCUAGGAAAUCGUUGCCAAUCCCUAUGUACAACAGUAGUUCAGUUAUAUUUGACGACCCCUCCGGAUCAUUCAAAAUGGAUCAAAAAGACGACUGGUGUGUUGUGCUUUGUAAAAGACAAUACAAAAAAGAAUUUCUUCUUCCGCUUAUUUUCCAUCGACAGAAAUAUAAAGCUGUGGGAACAUGAAAUGUACAACAAUAUGGACUACAUCGAAGCUACCCCUUUUUUCCAUAUUUUCGAAGGCGAGAACUGUCACGUAGCUUUCAAUUUCGCGAGUAUUCAAGAUGCUCGAGAUCUUCGAAUAGUAGUACAUCAAAAAGUCAAUGCUAGGAAGAAACGAGAAGACAAGAAAAAUAAAGUUGUUAGUCAAAGUCAAACGCUGCCUCCACCAACUACUCAACUUAAUUUUAAUAACUACAGAAAAACGUUAGAUCCAGCAUCUCAACACGCGAAGAGAAGAAGGAACAUCACUAAAGCCGAUAUUGGAAUUCCUAGAGAUUUUAAACAUAUCUCGCAUGUUGGGUGGGACUCAACUCAUGGAUUUGAUGUAAACACAGAAGACGAGCAUCUAAAAGCUUUCUUUAAAAAGGCUGGCGUUUCUGAACAACAACUUCGAGACCCGGGUACCCGGGAUUACAUUUACGAUUUUAUUAAUCGAAAUGGGGGCCGAGAAGCCAUCGAAGAGACGAACAAAACAAUAGAAACGAAUACAGCUCCACCUGCAGUGCCACCUAGAGGACCUGCUGUUUCGAGGCCGUCACACUUUCGUAACGCACCACCACCUCCUAUUCCAAAUAAAACACCUAACGCUAACAACAAUGCCACGCCUAGGAAGCCUCGGAUGGACGUGCCGCCGCCUAAGAAACCAGCGCCUGUACCGAACUUUGGAACACCACCAUCCCGAGAUUUUGUUCCGGCAGCACCUCCAGCGCCUGCGCCUCCUCCCCCACCUCCUUUGCCACCUAUGAUGGACGAAGUUUCGAGUCCGAAAGAAAGCCUAGGACCACCACCUCCACCUAUGGGACCUCUGUCUCCUGGACCAGCAGCAGGAGGUAUGGGCAAUUCGGCUUUGUUGGAAAGUAUUAGAAAUGGGACCACUCUCAAAUCCGUAGACGAUCGAAAAGCUCCUCCGCCGCCACAACAAGAAGACGCCAGGGGUGACUUACUUAGCGAGAUUAGGAAGGGUUGUAAGCUAAGGCCAGUAGAUGAACGGGACAUCAAACCAGCAUCAAAUGCAUUAUCCAGCAGAAGUGAUGACUUAGCUAGUGCUUUAGCUAGGGCGUUAGCAAAACGAAGCGAAGUCAUUCAUUCUGAAGAUGAUAAAUCUGAUGAGUCGACUGAUUCGGAAUGGGAUUGCUAAAUCAACGACUUUUUAAAUUUAUAUUUUUAUUUAUUUGGUACUGUUUACCUUCUUUUGCUUGUAUACUAAUAAAAACUAAUUGAAACAUAAAAUUUCGUACUUCAAGGUUUACUGAAUCAUAGCAAUGGAAUGGUAAUGUUUUGUUGGUCGUUCUAUCAUAAACAUUUAAAAAUAUAAUUAUGUAUUAGCCCAGGCUGUGGGGGAAAAGGAUGAUUUUACACUGUAAUCCAGAAAUUUAUAUCAUGUGGCCUACGUUAUAAAGGGCAACCUCGGGAGCAAUCCACCAGUUCAUUCAACAAAAAAUUUUUGGUUAUUGUUUAUUUAUGAGCAUUUAUAGAUGCAAAAUACGUGUUUUUUGACUUUUUUUCAAUUUAUUGCCUAAAGUAAGUGUUGUAGUGGGUAAUUUCUGUAUAGAUUAUGAAAGUACUCUAAAAGUAGACCGAGAAAAUAAAGUUUUUGAAAUCGAAAAAUUACUGGACGCGAUUUUCCAGGUGGAAAGUGUUGGGGAAGCCUAUGCAAACAGCGUCUCAUCUCGUGAGUAACGUUUUUUUGGUUGGAAA